AUGUCAGCUGCUCGUCCAACCGUCAACGUACACGGUGGUGAAGCCUCAUCAUCAUCCGUACCACUCCCAGCUGUUUUGACCGCACCAAUCCGUUUGGAUGUUGUCGCUGCUGUUCACAAGUCAAUUGCUAAGAACAAGCGUCAACCAUACGCUGUCAGCCCACAAGCAGGUGAACAAACCUCAGCUGAAUCAUGGGGUACUGGUCGUGCCGUUGCACGUAUUCCACGUGUUGGUGGUGGUGGUACUCACCGUUCUGGACAAGCUGCCUUCGGUAACAUGUGCCGUGGUGGACGUAUGUUCGCUCCAACCCGUGUCUGGAGAAAGUGGCACGUCAAGGUCAACCAAAACCAACGCCGUUUCGCUGUCGUCUCAGCAUUGGCUGGUUCAUCCCUCCCAUCAUUGGUCCUUGCACGUGGUCACAGAGUUGAGCAGCUCGAGGAAGUUCCAUUGGUUGUUCCAUCAUCAACUGAGUCUAUCCAAAAGACUAAGCAAGCUAUUGACUUGUUGAAGUCUGUAGACGCAUACGAUGAUGUCGUCAAGGUAUCAAACUCACGUGGUAGACGCGCAGGUAAGGGUAAAUACCGUAACCGUCGUUACCGUCAACGUAGAGGUCCAUUGGUUGUCUACGAUGAGGACAAGGGUAUCACCAAGGCUUUCCGUAACUUGCCAGGUGUUGAAUUAUGUAACGUUCGUCGUCUCAAUCUCCUUCAAUUAGCACCAGGUGGUCACAUUGGUAGAUUCAUCGUCUGGACUGAAGGUGCCUUCAAGUUACUCGAUGAAAUCUUCGGUACCUUCGACAAGCCAUCCGCUCAAAAGCUCGGCUACACUCUCCCACGCGCUAAGAUUGCUAACGCUGAUAUCACCCGUGUCAUCAACUCAGAUGAAAUUCAAUCAGUUGUUAAGCCAAAGGGUCCAAAGCAAACUAGACGUCCAUGGACACAAAAGAAGAACCCACUCCGUAACAAGGGUGUUCUUUACAGACUUAACCCAUACGCUCAAUCAUUGCGUCGUCAAGAAAUCCUCAAGUCAGAGAAGAACAGAAAGUCAACCGUUAAGAAGUCUGCUCCAUCUGGCCAAGCUUCAAAGGAAUUCCUUGAGAACCUCUUGGCUCCAUAA